AUGGCAGUUUGGCAGGAGGGAUGUAGAAGGGUGCAGAAAUUAUCUCUGGAGGAAACGGAUGGAAGAGGAUUUCUACUACAGCUACGUGCAAGACUCAAUGGAGAAGAGCUUCUGGAAACCCUGACCUUGGCUCGUCUAAUUUGGCUAAGACGAAACUCUUUCAUCUUCAAUCAAUCCUUCUCGGACCCAGGCUCCAUAAUUUCUCAUGCCCGGGACAUAAUGUCAACUUUCACUGAGGUCCAUUUUCGGUCUCUAGAGAGUGGAUUGCCCCACUCACAGCCUCGAUGGGAAAGGCCUCCAUUAAGUUGGAAGAAAAUAAAUUGGGAUGCAGCGUUGGAGAUAUCAAACAGGAGGGUUGGUAUAGGACUGGUGGUGCGAAAUGGUGCUGGUGAAGUGGAAGCUGCUUUAACAGUGUGUAUCCCUUUUGUCAUAGAUCCAACAUUGGCUGAAGUUCUAGGGGCUUGGCAUGCCCUUCUAUUUUGCAGGCAGCAGAGGUAUACCCAUGUGAUAUUGGAAGGGGACUCCCAGGAGGUGGUGAAGGCACUGAGGAAGGAUGGCCCUUGUUAG